CAGACUAAAGAAACCUCUAUCUGUACGACUUUUUGAAAAUCAAAAUUCCCAACCACCAUUCCAAAUUUCCAACGCAUCGCCCAAUCCAGCACUCCAAGUCCCCAACGAACAUCUCUCUUUCUCUCUCUCUGCGAGUUCUCCCUUGCUGAUCCUUACAAGGCACCAUGGAGGUGAGAGUUGGGCUCCUAUUUGUUUUAGUGUUGGGUGCUAGCUGGGCUUGUGAUGCUCGAAAACUGGGGAACACCGAGUUCUAUAGUGGGAAUGGAAGGAUCUUUGAGAUAUCAGUUAUGCAGAUCAACUACCAGGAUCAAGAUAGAGAAGUUCAAACUAUGAAAAAAGUUCCAAGGAAUGACAAGGUGUGCACAUUGUGUGAGGAGUUUGCUAACCAGGCACUUGAUUACAUUUCUGAAAACAAGACCCAGACUGAGAUCAUUGACAUCCUCCGUCUGGCCUGCACUCGAGCAGGCUCUUUCAAAGGGGAGUGCAUCACUUUGGUGAACUAUUAUGCCCCUCUGUUCUUCUUAGAGGUUUCUUCUGUACAACCUGAAGAAUUCUGCCGAAGAGUCAAUCUCUGUCAACAAAUUGCAAUGAUUUCUUCUCAACUUCAUGAAGACAGCUGUGGACUUUGCCACCGCACUGUUUCAGAAUUACUUGUUAAGCUGAAAGACCCUGACACUCAGCUAGAGAUCAUUGAGUUGCUUUUGAAGGCAUGUAAUUCCAUGGAGAACUAUGCAAAAAAGUGCAAGAGGAUGGUUUUCGAGUAUGGACCUCUGGUCCUUGCCAAUGCAGAGAAAUUUCUGGAAACAACAGACAUAUGCACCACGCUUCAUGCCUGCAAUUCUUCUACAGAUAGUAGCACGGAAGCAUCGCCGGUGGCAAAAGUAUCAGCGCUGUCUGAUUCUUAAUUAUGCCAGAAAAAAUCUAUUGGAAUGAAAAUGCAGAUGCAAACUUGAUAUUUAUACUUUCAUUCCGAUGUGUGCAUGUAUAAUAUUUAUUAUGACAUCAUGGUGCUUUUGAUGUAUAAUAUAUGUUCAAAGUUCAAA